AUGAUCACGAACUGUUCGUCCUCGCAACAAGGCUUGCUGAGAUCAGGGGUUUUUGACCGUCAAUGCCUGAAGUAUGUAUAUAUAAUUCAACUUCCUUUAUUCCGUCUUUCAACUAUGCAUUACCUUAAUCAUUGGCAUGUCAGAUUCGACUCCUUCACACUCGCGAUGCCUUCUAUUGCGCAAAGUGUUGCGCCACCUUGUCCUUGUUACUGCCUGACCCAGCCCGUCUCCAUCACCAUCUGUGGCUCGUUUCGAUAA